UUCUCUUACGAAUUUGAAAGUAUUUGAAAUUAAUCCUCCAUGGGAGUGAGUUUGUAAAAUUUUAGGAAAGUUUUAAAGUUGGGUUUGUUGAAUAUUAGUUUGGUUAGUACUAUAUCGUUGGAUAAUGGCUUUUUCAGGACCGUUUUCAUCUGAUGUUCCCUUCUGGAAUAAUGGCCCUUCCCCUGGAUGCUUAUACGAUUUUCCGAAAGCCAAUCUAUCUAAACCAAAUGAUGGUGGAUUUCACCAGCGUUCACAACGUCCUAUAACCACAACCACCUCUGUGUUGGCUAUGAAGUUUGACGGUGGAGUCAUCAUGAGUGCUGAUAUGCUGGGAUCUUACGGAAGUCUUGCUCGCUUUCCAAACUGUCCUAGGCUGGUCAGAGUCAACAAAAAUAUCUUAAUCGGUGCCAGUGGAGAUUAUGCGGACUUCCAGUAUUUGAAGGACAUUAUUCAGCAAAAAAUAAUUGAUGAAGACUGUAUGGACGAUGGUUUCAACCUUAAACCCAAGUCGCUCUACUGCUGGCUGACCCGAGUCCUGUACAACCGCAGGUCAAAGUUUGACCCUCUGUGGAAUACAUACGUGGUCGCUGGUCUUCAAGAUGGCGAACCAUUCCUUGGUGGAGUAAAUAUGCUUGGAACGGCUUUUGAGGAUUCUACGGUUGGAACUGGCUAUGGAGCUUACAUGGCGCUGCCACUGAUGAGGGAAGCCUACGAAAAAAAACCUAACAUGAGCCAACAAGAGGCCUAUCAGCUGUUGGUUAAGUGCAUGGAGGUCUUGUACUACAGAGAUGGUAGAGCUUUCAAUAAGUAUCAAAUUGCGACGAUAACUUCAAGUGGUAUCGAAAUAACUGAGCCUCUGUCCAUCGUUGGCAACUGGAAUCUGGCCAACUCCUACUAGAAAGUUUAUCAUCAGGAGUCUCAGAUUCAACAUCCUUGCUGAACACUUCCUGCGUUAAUUUCUCUUCAACUUUUAUAUUAAUAAAUUAUUAAAUAAUA